AUGUAUGUUAUUAAUACUGGAAAGAGUGCUGAUACAUAUACAGUGUCUGCUUUAGAAUUGGAAGAAGGCCAGGCGUCAACGUUUACCAAGGGAUUCUGGGGAUCAGUCGCAGCACAGACCAUUCCUAUGGUAAAACCACCACUACUGAAGAACACAUUACUUCUAUCUUUCCUAUACGUCAUUUCUUAUAUUACAAUGAACGCAUUCUUCGUGUGGUUACCUUACAUAGUGAAUGCAUUUAUGACGUCAGUGGUGGCUGGGGAGAGACACCUGACCAUCUGUGAGAUGAUCAGACUUUCUGCAAACUCUUCAACAGUUCAAGAGACUAACGACUGUUCCAUGAACAGCCAAGCAAUGACCCUGGUGUUCGGGAUAGUGAUGGUGCUCGGAGUCUGCAAUAUCUUCACCAGCGCUAUCACCAACUGCAUCGGGAGGAAGACACUCUUUGUUUGCAUGCAGGUCAUAGGAGGAUCAGCAGCGUUGUUUAUCAACUUCAGCCCCUUCUGGGUUUUGAGCGCCAUACUGUUCAUGGUCUUCCUGUCUGCAGUCUUCGCUUUUGGUCUUCUAACUUCCUUCUGCGUCGACGUCUUUCCUACUUAUGUCAGAGCCAUGGCAGUGUGUCUUACAUUGAUGGUGGGUCGAGGCAGCGCUGUCGUUGGUAUUAAUGUUUUAAAGAAACUGCUAGACACUGACUGCGAAGCUGCGUUCUAUAUUUUUGGAGCUGUAGCUGUUGGUGGAGGUUUGGUGGGUCUACUUCUACCCUCGGAUGCGAAAAUAAUGGCACAGAAAAAAGCAUUAAACCGGAACCCUUGA